GCCUACUUGGCUUCCUCUCCUCCAGCCGCCCCCGCCGCCACCACUCCGAACCACACCGCGAAAGAGAGAAACGCAGCUCCAAGCCGAGGACUCCCCCCCACCGCCGCCGUCCCCCCGCCCGCCCACCGAAGCUUGGUCCGAGCCGUACCCGAGCGGACAGGAAGAGGCGGCCAAGAUGCCGACGGUGACCUGCAACGCCUGCAACGCGGCGUUCGAGGAGGAGGAGGAGCAGCGCCUCCACUACCGCUCGGAGUGGCACCGCUACAACCUCAAGCGCAAGGUGGCUGGAGUUCCUGGAGUUACUGAGGCUCUGUUUAUUGCUAGACAAACUGUUUUAGCAGAGGGAAGCAACUCUACCGUUGCUCCUCCGAUGUCUUACAGCUGUGCUCUUUGUGGAAAAGGCUACAGGAGUGCAAAAGCUCAUGCCCAACAUCUCACCACUCGAUCGCAUCUCUUGAGAGCUUCUCAGGAGCCCAAUGCCUCCACUGCUGCAGUAGUCAAGCCACUUCCUGAGCGAGUCCCUCGUAGAGCCCCCUCUGCAAUGGAAGAAGAUGAAGAUGAAGAUGAGGAUGAGGAUGAGGAGGAAGAGUGGGUUGAAGUGGACCCAAGUGAGCUGGAGUCUACCUCAAACAUGCAAGUUGAUGAGGACUCUAAAUCAGAUGAUGAGAUGGCUGAUCUUGAAAUGUUGGAUCCCUCGGUCUGCUUCAUGUGUGAUCUCAAGCAUGACAACAUAGAGGACUGCAUGAUCCAUAUGCACAAGAAGCAUGGUUUCUUCAUACCUGACAGUGAAUACUUGAAAGAUCCCAAUGGCCUUCUUAUAUAUGUCGGACUGAAGGUGAAGCGUGACUUUAUGUGCCUCUACUGCAAUGACAGAUGCCAGCCUUUUCAAAGUCUUGAGGCUGUCAGGAAGCAUAUGGAUGCAAAAGGUCACUGCAAAUUACGUUAUGGAGAUGGUGGGGAGGAUGAAGAUGCUGACCUUGAGGAUUUCUACGAUUACAGCAGCAGCUAUGUUGAUGUGGAGGGCAAGCAGUUGGUUGCUGCGGGUGACAUGGACAACAGCAUUGAACUGGGAGGUGGUGGGUCCGAGCUCGUGAUCACAAGCAAGAGCGAGAAGGGGAGACGCGUGACGACUCUUGGUUCCCGAGAGUUCAUUCGCUACUACCGCCAGAAGCCACGUCCUUCGGUUGCAGCAGACCGUGCUCUUGCGCUUUCCCUGGCUUCCAGCUACAAGAGCAUGGGUUUGGUGACGGUCCAGUCCAAGGAGCAGAUGGUGAGGCUGAAGGUGCUCCGAGCGAUGAACAAGAGCGGGGUGGAGACGAUGAGGACCAAGAUCGGGAUGAAGAGCAACGUGAUCCGCAACCUGCCCAAGAACGUCCCGUACUAGUCGUGACGCCCACUCUCCCUGUAGGGAGCAAUCAGUCCGUGGAGCUCCAGCACUACUUACUGCCCUCGCGGCCAUUGGUGUGUUUUGUCGAUGAUAUCUAUCUAGAAUAAUGGCGUCCUUUGUCGAAGUUUUGUGUGGCUGCUGGUAUCGACACUAUUAUUUACAUUGCACAGCCCAGUUGAACCUAUGACUAGUCUCAUGGUGAUGGGGAGACUGACUAAACUGUAUGCAGCGUAAGGUAUGACUUGUCGAGAAAAUGAUAUAUGGCCCUGUUGGAUUC